AUGAUCUACUCCUCCGGAAGAGAAUCCUACUUCAACCUGAACUCCACCUGGUACGACCCCUCGGGCUCCUGGCUGGACACCCGGCGGACCCCCUUCCGCUACGCCUACGCCAGCUGCUGCUCGGGCUGUGACGGGGAGGGCGCAGAGGGCAUGAGGGGCCACGACUACCGCUGCUACGGCUACCGGCAGCCGCGCUGCUCCGAGCGCUGCCAGGGCUCCACCGCCUCCUGCCAGCCAGCGGGGGGCUGCAGCUCCGUCAGGAGACCCACCUACAGCUAUGGCUCGUCAGGGGGGUGCCAGGGCUACGGCAGAUCAGUCUGUUCCGAGAGGUGCCAGGGGUCCUCAGGCUCCUGCCACGGAGGCGGCUCGAGCUGCGUCAGGAGGCCCACGUACAGCUAUGGCUCGUCAGGAGGAUGCCAGGGCUACGGGAGGUCUGUUUGCUCCGAGACCUGCCAUGGAACAGGGUACCAGGUCGGGCAGCCCUCCUGCGGCAAACCAAGACAGAGCAUCUCACAGUGCUGCCCGGUGCAGACCUGUGCCCCUCCGCAGCAGGUCUGUGCCCCUCCACAGCAGAUUUGUGCCCCUCCGCAGCAGGUCUGUGCCCCUCCAGUGAAGGUCUGUGCCCCUCCGCAGCAGGUCUGUGCCCCUCCAGUGAAGGUUUGUGCCCCUCCAGUGAAGCAGUCCUGCAUGCCCGUGGCAAAGUGCAUCCCGAGACAGCAGCCACAGCAAAUCUGCAAAGUGCCAGCCCGGAAAACAAAGUAG